AUGACCUCCUCCUUCUCCAGCCACAGCUUUGUGUCUUCAGGAGGAUCCGUGAGGGGUGCCUCCCUGGGCUCCUCCCAGCUCUCCAUGUCGGCAGGCAGAGGCUCCAUCGGUGCCAUGAGGACCCCCAGUGUAUACAGCGGUGCAGGUGGCUCCAGGGUGCGCAUCUCCAGAGCCUCCAGUUCCUUUUCCAUGGGCAGCUCCGCUGGGGCUGGUGGAGGAUUCAGCUUCAGGUCUGGUGGGGGAUUCAGCUUGGCUGAUGGUGUGGAUUUCAGUGUGGCAGGCAAUGAGAAGUUCACCAUGCAGAACCUGAAUGACCGUCUGGCCACCUACCUGGAGAAGGUGCGCUCUCUGGAGAAGGCCAAUGCUGAACUGGAGCUGAAGAUUCAUCAGUUCCUGAAGAGCAAGACCUCCCCCGCUGCCCGUGACACCAGCAGCUUCCAAAUUACUACCCGUGAUCUGCUAGCCAAGAUUCAGGAUGCCAUCCUUGUCAAAGGAACAAUCUAUCUCUCCAUUGAUAAUGCCAAAGUGGCUGCUGAUGACUUUAGAUACAAGUAUGAGAAUGAGCUGGUCAUGCGGCAGUCUGUGGAAGCUGACAUCGCUGGGCUGAGGAGAGUGCUGGAUGAGUUGAAAAUGGUUAAAGGAGAUCUAACCAUGCAGACUGAGGGGCUGAUGGAGCAGCUCCUAUUCUUAAAGAAAAACCAUCAGGAGGAGCUUAUGGCUAUGAGGGUGCAGAUGACUGGCCAAGUCCAUGUGGAAGUGGACGCUGCUCCUCAGGAAGAUCUUGGAAAAGCAAUGGCUGAAAUCCGUACGCAGUAUGAAGCAGUAGCUGCAAAGAAUCACAGAGAUUUGGAGGCCUGGUUCCAGUCUAAGACAGAGGAACUUAAGAAGGAGGUUGUGUCUAGUACAACUACAUUGCAAUCCUCCAGAUCAGAGGUCACUGAAGUGAAACGGGAAAUGCAGUCUUUGGAAAUUGAACUGCAGUCGCUCCUAAGUCUGAAAGCAUCUCUAGAAAGCACCCUUGCAGAGACUGAGGCCCGUUACUCCAUGAAGCUGUCUGGGCUCCAGGUGCAAGUGACCAGCAUGGAGGAGCAGCUGGUGCAGCUGCGUGCUGACAUGGAGCGGCAGAGUCAGGAGUACAAGAUGCUGCUGGACAUCAAGACUCGGCUGGAGAUGGAGAUUGCAGAGUACAGGAGGCUGCUGGAUGGAGAGACGACUGCCAGAUCCACCUCCAGUUCUACCAGCAGGACAAGAGUGGUCACUGUUGUUGAGGAGAUGGUGAAUGGCAAAGUUGUGUCUUCUUCCACCACCUCAUCAUCAAGUCGGCGAUGA